GUCCUGAGGUAUUUCGAUUACGUCUUCACUGGUGUCUUCACCUUUGAGAUGGUUAUCAAGAUGAUCGAUCAGGGUUUGAUCCUGCAGGACGGCUCCUAUUUCCGAGACCUCUGGAACAUCCUGGAUUUUAUUGUGGUGGUGGGAGCGCUGGUGGCUUUUGCCUUGGCGAAUGCUUUGGGGACCAACAAGGGCCGAGAUAUCAAGACCAUCAAGUCUCUCCGCGUGCUACGAGUCUUGAGGCCCCUGAAAACCAUCAAGCGACUGCCCAAGCUGAAGGCUGUCUUUGACUGUGUCGUGACUUCCCUCAAGAACGUCUUCAACAUCCUCAUCGUCUACAAGCUCUUCAUGUUCAUCUUUGCUGUCAUUGCUGUCCAACUCUUCAAGGGGAAGUUUUUCUACUGCACUGACAGCUCUAAGGACACAGAGAAGGACUGCAUAGGCAACUACGUGGACCACGAGAAGAACAAGAUGGAGGUGAAGUGCCGGGAGUGGAAACGCCAUGAGUUCCACUAUGACAAUAUCAUCUGGGCUUUGCUCACCCUGUUCACGGUCUCCACCGGCGAGGGUUGGCCCCAGGUGCUGCAGCAUUCGGUGGAUGUGACAGAGGAAGACCGUGGGCCCAGCCGCAGCAACCGCAUGGAGAUGUCCAUUUUCUAUGUUGUCUAUUUUGUGGUCUUCCCUUUCUUCUUUGUCAACAUUUUUGUGGCUCUCAUCAUCAUUACGUUCCAAGAGCAAGGAGACAAAAUGAUGGAAGAGUGCAGUCUGGAGAAGAACGAGAGGGCCUGCAUUGACUUUGCCAUCAGCGCCAAGCCCCUCACAAGGUACAUGCCCCAGAACCGUCACACCUUCCAGUAUCGAGUCUGGCACUUUGUGGUCUCCCCAUCCUUUGAGUACACCAUCAUGGCCAUGAUAGCAUUGAACACCGUGGUGCUGAUGAUGAAGUACUACUCUGCUCCGUACACCUAUGAGCUGGCCCUGAAGUACCUGAACAUCGCAUUCACCAUGGUGUUCUCCUUGGAGUGUGUCCUCAAGAUCAUUGCUUUCGGCUUCCUGAAUUAUUUCCGGGACACCUGGAACAUCUUUGACUUCAUCACCGUCACCGGCAGCAUUACAGAGAUCAUCCUGACAGACACCAAGCUGGUGAACACCAGCAGCUUCAACAUGAGCUUUCUGAAGCUCUUCCGGGCUGCUCGGCUCAUCAAGCUGCUGCGCCAGGGUUACACCAUCCGCAUCCUUCUCUGGACAUUUGUGCAGUCCUUCAAGGCCCUCCCCUACGUCUGCCUCUUGAUUGCCAUGCUUUUCUUCAUCUACGCGAUCAUUGGGAUGCAGGUUUUUGGCAAUAUCAAACUAGAUGAGGAAAGCCACAUUAACCGGCACAACAACUUCCGCAGCUUCCUGGGCUCUCUCAUGCUCCUUUUCAGGAGUGCCACGGGAGAGGCAUGGCAGGAGAUCAUGCUGUCCUGCCUGGAGGGCAAAGGCUGCGAGCCAGACACGACGGCAACGUCCGGGCAGAACGAGAACGAGCGCUGCGGCACCGACCUGGCCUACGUUUACUUUGUCUCCUUCAUUUUCUUCUGCUCUUUCCUGAUGCUCAACCUGUUUGUGGCAGUCAUCAUGGACAAUUUUGAAUACCUGACUCGAGAUUCCUCCAUCCUGGGACCUCACCAUCUAGAUGAGUUUGUCCGGAUCUGGGCAGAGUAUGACAGAGCAGCGUGUGGCCGAAUCCAUUACACUGAGAUGUAUGAAAUGCUGACUCUUAUGUCACCACCGCUAGGCCUCGGCAAGAGAUGUCCUUCCAAAGUGGCCUAUAAGAGACUGGUGCUGAUGAACAUGCCCGUGGCCGAGGACAUGACGGUCCAUUUUACCUCCACCUUGAUGGCACUGAUACGUACAGCCUUGGACAUCAAAAUUGCCAAAGGUGGUGCAGAUUGGCAGCAGUUAGACUCCGAGCUUCAAAAGGAGAUCCUGACCAUUUGGCCUCACCUGUCUCAGAAGAUGCUUGACCUGUUGGUACCCAUGCCAAAAACCUCUGACCUGACUGUUGGCAAAAUAUAUGCAGCCAUGAUGAUCAUGGAUUACUACAAGCAGAGCAAAGCGAAGAAGCAACGGCAGCAGCUGGAGGAGCAGAAAAAUGCCCCCAUGUUCCAGCGCAUGGAGCCAUCCUCCUUGCCACAGGAAAUCAUCUCGAAUGCGAAGGCUCUGCCUUACCUCCAGCAAGACACGCUCUCAGGCCUGAGCAGCCGAAGUGGGUUCCCCUCCCUGAGCCCACUCUCACCACAGGAGAUCUUCCAGCUGGCGUGCAUGGACCCGUCCCACGGGCAGUACCAGGAGCACCAGUCUCUGGAGCCAGAGGUUAGGGAGUUUCAAAGAGUGCAGCCCUCUAACCGUGGCAGCUACCUUCCUGUGGACACUCAGGACCACGCUGUCUCUGGGAGGGCCUCCUCCAUGCCUCGUCUCACUGUGGAUCCCCAG